AUGAGUACUGCAAUCCUCCAGUCCGAGCCGGGGACAACACUUCUACGUUUCGCAUCUGGGAAUGGCCCCGUAACGCGCCGUAUUCUCCGCACACCUCUCCGCGAUGCUCUCCCCACCGAAAUCCCCAUCAUCGACAUUUCACCUUCAUUCGGCGAUGCGCUUGCAGAUCGAAAGUCUGUUGCUCAGAAAAUUCGCAAUGCUGCUACCACCUCUGGCUUCUUCUACAUUACCAACCAUGGCAUCGAUUCAUCCAUAACUGAUUCGGCUCAUGCAGCUUGUUUGGACUAUUUUCGUCAAGACGAGGAGGCCAAAAUGCAGUCGUGGGUAGGCAAGAGCCGAUAUUUCAAUGGAUACAAGCCGCCUGGGUCGCAACGUAUCAACAAGUCAGAGAGCAUCGAUGUACGCGAGACGUUCAGCUGGACUUACGACCCUCGGCAUGACCCUGAUGUCAGUGACGUCCAGUCCAUCCCGGAAGAGGCAAGGCGAUUCCUCCGGAUAGAAGACUUUCACUGGGAUGGAACAGCAAACAGACCGCUGUUCAAGGAGUCAAUCAUCCGUUAUUGGCAGUCUUGUUUGAAGCUGGCACGCGUGCUCGUACGGGCCUUUGCGCUGUCUAUGGACCUUCCAGAGAACUAUUUUGACGACAAGUUCAAAUAUCCGGAUGCAGCUUUGGCACUGAACUACUAUCCUCCGCUGUCCGCAACUUCCAACGCUACUGAUGUUGAUGCGGACGCGAAAGUGUCGAUCGGAUCGCACACAGAUUUUCAACUCUUCACUAUACUAUGGCAGGAUGCAGUUGGAGGACUUCAAGUCUUGAACCGACAGGGACAGUGGAUCAGGGCUGCUCCGAUACCUGGAACUUUUGUCGUAAACAUUGCCGACUACCUCCAGCGCAUAACUAAUGAUCUUUAUUUUGUAUCGUCUACAAAUUUUGGCUCUGUUGCAGACUCGAAUUCAACCGAUGCUUCCUUGUCGUCAACUCGGCCCUUGGUCAGGGCCUUUAACACUUCGAUUGAGUGGAUCCAAGAUCAGUUUAGUCGAUUGCGGAGGCUUCGGAAGCCGAGGCUUCUUUGGGAGCUUAUAGCUUUGGGAGGCUCAGCAACGAUUGGAACUGGGGUGUCAAUAUCUCUACUCUACGUGUUUAUCUUCAUUCUUCAACCUCAGGUCUUUCGCAACAUUGCUUCUGAAAGCUUCAUCUCGAAAUACCCAAUCGAUGCAGACGGUCACCCAGUUGACGGCCUAGCACGAUGGACGGAAGACUUUUCUCGCUCGGUCGUUCCCAUUACAUGCCAUUCACAUAACGACUAUUGGAGAAAGUACCCGCUCUACUCCGCUCUGGCAGCUGGUUGUACCGGAAUCGAAGCCGAUGUAUGGCUCAGUGACGAUGGGUCAGACAUAUUAGUCGGGCAUGACCGAGAGUCGCUGUCGCCGGACAAGACCUUGCGCUCCAUGUACAUCGACCCCUUACUCGCUAUCUUGAACAAGAUGAACCCACCGGAGACGUGGUCAAAUUUUAGCCGUACGGAUUGCGCUCAGGGUGUUUUCAGAAGUCGGCCAAACGUCACUGUUGUUCUCCUCUUGGACGUGAAGGACGACGCCCUCAAGACCUGGCCCGUCGUGAUGCAGCAGUUGCAACCACUUCGAGACCAAAUGUUCCUUGCCCGGUACGAAUCUGUCGUCGUGGGACCUAAUUUGGUACUAAAGCAGCAUCUAUGGCCAGGACCAAUCACAGUGGUUGGAACAGGCGAUCUCGUGGAGAAGCGAUGGGCUAACAAUUGGCCUGAUGAAAUGCAUUAUCGGUAUUACCACGACGCUUUCCUUGACGCUCCGCUUGAGCGUCUUCCCGACGAAAAUUACAAGUUUGGUCUCUACGGUAAAAGUAUAGCGUGGGACCCAGAGGAUGCUUAUUAUACUUCGGUUUCUUUCCAGCAGAGCAUUGGAUCGGUCCGCACAGGCUUCAGUAACAGCCAGCUCAAAAAACUGAGGUACCAGAUUGAAACGGCCAAAUGGUCAGGCCUAAAAUCUCGGUAUUGGGAUUUGCCUAGCUGGCCGAUAGGUUAUCGCGACUAUGUCUGGGAAGUUUUGACGCGUGAGGGUGUAGACAUGCUCAACAUCGAUGAUCUGCAGAGUGCAUCAAAGCGAAGUUGGACCACAGGAUACAUUGGCAACCUCAUCUGGAUGAUUUCAAUGUCGGUUGGCCUUUUCCUGCUCUCUGUCGUGUUGACAUAUUUUGGCUACCGGGCCAUCAAGAAGCAAAUGGAGAGAAUGACUACUCAACCAAUCAUGCUGGAGUAA